CUAAGACGAAGAUGGCGACUUGCAUAGGUGAAUGAGGAAAAAUGAAGGAACUUCUUUCUUCUAGAAUGCAACUUUGAGAAUAAAAAAGAAAUUAUAAAAUCUGAAACUACAGGACGAAGAACCAACAAAAUGUCGCAGGAACUGGCAUAUCCCAAUCAGGAUGGUGAUAGUUACCUUCUGGACGACAGCCCAAGCCCAGACGGCGACCUACAAUCUCCCGGAGGAUUCGAAGCAGCAGAGGGCGGUAGUCACGAGACGCGUCAGUGGAUGGAAUCAAGCGAGGGACCUUUGGAAUAUGAAAGCGAUCCUGAGAUGUGGUCACAGAGCGAUGACACGUCACUGACAGGGCCAGAAGAAAGUUUAAGUGAGCAUGGUAGCGACAGGCCAUCGUCCGCUAAACAAAAGUUUAGCCGUCAUGAAAAGCUGCGAAUGCUGGCUCUCCGGCGCCAUCUGGAUAACUUAGCAGGUCAGGUACUGGAGAGUGAACACAUUAUGCAGACAACAAGGGAAGAGCUGAAGAAAUGUCGCACCAAGCUUGAGGCUCUUGAGCUAGAGAAGGAACAUGUCCGGGAGCAACUUGCCCUAAAUGAAGAGCAAGGUAACAUGGCUAACGUUCAUCGCCUCAGAAGUAAACUAACUAAGCUGGAAAAGGAGCUACAAGCAGAGGGUGACUUGGAGAAACAGAUUGAAGAACGUCUCAGUGAAGCAGAGCUGCAACUCUCUAAAGCUGAGCUGGAGCAAGGGAAGUUCAUCUUAGCUGAGGAAGAUCUUGAGGUACAGGAAGAACGCCUGGAGCAAGAGAGAACGGAGAAUGUCAUGCAACGAGCUCGGAAGGAAACCAUCAAAGUUGUUCAGGCUGACAGACGACGUAGGAAUAGAGAAAGAGACCACAUGGCAGCAUUGCGUGAGAGAGAUCGUAAACAUCGUCAAGCGAUGAGCGCCGCUCGUCGCUCCAGAGAGGCUGCUGCUAAGUAUCUUAAAGAAACGGUUGCCAAGGUUCGUCAGAAGGAAGCAGAGGAAGAAGAACGUCAUAAGAAUCACAUGGACCAGAGAAUGAAGACGUUGCUGAAUCUUAGAACCGAUGUCUCAUCAAACAGGGAGAAUCUUAGAGCACUUCAGGCCAGGAGUCGCUAUCUUGCCCGUCAGGAACAAGAAGCUCUGGAUCAAGACAGAGCUGCUUUAGCUGAAGCAGGAGAGAAUGCUGAGGAGGUGAUGUUGAGGCAGCAGAGAUUGCAGCAGUUUGAGCAGGAGAAACAACAACAUGAGGCAAGCCAGAAAGAGCGACAAGCCGAGCUCCUGUCACACCUUCUACGUGAAGAGCGUCAAAUGAAGAAACGACAAGCUAUGUACCCCCAACUCUGGCCUGAUGCUAAACGUGAUCGAGCCAAACGAGUGACAAGACCAAAGCGCAAAGCAAGAAUCAUUCGGGAGUAUAGCGGUUCAUCUUCCAUGGAGUAUAGCGCUGAUAUAGAAGAGGCAGCCGUACCAAAACUUAACUCUACCAAGAUUAUCGGAGCUGACAUCUCCUCAGAUGAUGAUGAUGGUUUCAGUCCGUACGGAGCAACGAGUCGAGAUGAACGAGGAGGGAGUGACAGUGAGGAUAGGAAAGAUGAAUUAGCUAAGCCAGAGUUUGAAGGGUUGUGGAACCAACAGCACAAGGCAUACAAGGUACCAAAGGAAGAUGAAGGCACCUACAAUCUCAAGUACCCUAGUAAGAUGGAGAGAGACAUGAUGACAGUGGCUUUAGAUAAACAUCGAGCAGGUAUCGUUAGGAAGCAGGUCGCUGCUGGCAAAGAGUUCAAAGGCUGUCCGUUCUACAGCAAGCCAGAUGUCAUUCAUUUCAAGGACUUUGACGUUGGAAAGUCUUACAAGAAGAAAGUGAUCCUGACCAACGUCUCGUACAGCGUUAACUUCAUCAAGCUUGUUGAUCUCUCUGAACACCUCAAGGAUUUUAUUGAUUUACAAUUUGAUCCUCCCGGUCAGAUGUCCGCAGGAAUGAGCUGUGAGAUGAUGGUAACAUUUAAGCCAAUGAUCAAUGAGGAUCUUGACGGUGAAGUUAAGUUCUUGACUCAGACCGGCCCCUUCAAUGUUCAAGUGACGUGCUCAACAAAGAAAUGUGAUUUGUCUGUAGACACUAGUCAUGUUGAUUUUGGAACUCAAGUCAUUGGAGAGACGCUAAAGAAGACCAUUACACUCACCAAUGAGGGCGCUAAAGGGACGCAAUUUGAAUUCAUCAAGAUUACAGGAAUGAAACAAAACACUCUAACAUCCGCCGGUACCUCCCUGGGACGAUUGACAUCUGCUGAUAUGAGCCUUCGCCCGGAUACAGUGAAGGAAGUCGAUGUUACCGUUGAGGAGACAAAAGAACCAGCAGGAAAAGUAGAACCUAAGACUGAGGGGCUUAAUAUACCAGAAAUAGAACUGACUACUGGUGAAGGAAUCAAGGAACCAUUGUCAGCAAGGAGUAAGAAGUCAGGGGUUGUGACCAUCACUGUUGAUGACACAGAUGCGAUUGGAACUGAAGCCUUUACUCUUGCCCCAGUUGAUCUUGAAGACCUGAGUUCUUGGGAUGGGAUGCGGAUUGGUCAGGUGACUGGAGGAGAUAUUGGACCUUUCUCAUCCAUUAAGCUUGAGAUUAUCUUUAAUCCGAUGAUUCCUGGUGCAGUCGAUGUGGACUUUGAGAUAAGAUUUACAGAUCCACUCUCAAAUACAAUCCAUGCAAAAUCAACUGCAGUAGCCAUUGAUGUUCCUGUGUGGGUCGAACGUCAAAACGUAGAUCUAAAGAUCUGUAUGUUUGAUCGAUUGUACCAAGACGCUAUCGUUGUUAAUAACCGAGCCACCACAGCCUUACGUAUCAAGUUUGAGGUGUGUAAAGAGCUACGUAGCUACAUGGAAUUACUUCCUAAGACGGCUUAUAUACAAGCGCAGUCUCAGUUCUCUGCUCAGCUUAAGUUUCUACCAAGGCACAGUCUAUUAGAUGAAGCUGGUCCAUGCUUUGAUAAAGAGACAGGGGUUUUGGAAGCUCCGAUGACCAUCAGAGUUGCUGAACAGACUGCUCCAGUGCUUUACACCGUCCAUGCCGUGGUGACCAAUUCAGACAUGGAAUUCAGCACUAACUUCAUUGACUUUGGGUUUGCUACGAUCCAUGAAUCGGUCAUCGCAUCGGUCAAGUUAACCAAUAAGUCUAUUCUGUCUCAGAAGUUUGGAUUCGUCAAUCUACCUGAUUAUGUUGACGUUCAACCUAACGAUGGCUUUGGGACACUCCUACCUCUGGAGACUGUAGACCUAGACAUCAUCUUCAGCGCUAAGAAAGCCAAGAAUUACAGCUUUGAGCUUACCUGCAAGUCAGGAAUAAACAGGGACUUCAAGAUGUCCUGCAAGGCAGUAGCCGUCCACCCUCCUCUAGAGCUCUCCCACUCUACUAUUCACUUUGCAGCUACAGCUAUGGAAGACUCUUCCAUUACUUCCCUGAGUGUUAUUAACUCCCAUACCAAUGCUAAUGAGUUUACCCAUCCCGUACCUCGCAUUGGUAAAGGGGAGAUUGCUCCCGUUGGACCCACGGCAUUUGAGUUUGUUGUACCUGAGGGUGUACCGCUAGCUGUGUCACCUGCAGUAGGUGUUGUCAAGCCAGGAAAGAAAGCGAAAGUUUCCGUCAAGUUCUGUCCAGAGUUAAGUGUCUCAGACAUCAAGGAGGAGGCAGUAAGACUGAUAACGAAAACCAUGGAGGCAAAAGCUAAAUAUGAGUUUGAACAAGCGCAACUGGCUGCCAAGAAGAGCACCCUGGAGGGACUGGCUGAAGAAGAAGAUGCAAAGAAAGGGAAGAAGUCUGUGAAGAGGAAUGUGAAAUCACCAACUGGAAAGUCGAAAGGAAGCCCUACCCUUCAGCAAGUUGUGCCACCUAAAGUUGAGAACAUCGAGGUUGGGUCUGAUGAGUAUUCCUCGGGUAAGACGUCUCUUCUGCGGCAGUUUGCUGGACGGUUUAGCAGCUACUCUAUCCCAUGCUAUGUAGCGUCAGGUCAACCUGGUGACCCUGGGAAACUCCCUUAUGAUAUUCACAACACGCUGUAUCUAGAAGUCCACUGCCCAGCGGUCAAGCCUCCAUUAGUGGUCAUCUCAGACCAUGGACGGACAACCACAGACUUUGCAGAUAUAUCAGUCGGUCAAAGAAUCAUCAAAUCCGUCUCCAUUCAGAACGUCUCGGACCAUGCCCUCGAUCUUAAAUCGACCGUUCUAGACACGAAUGGACCGUUCCAACUCCUCAAUUCCUUAAGGAGUCUUCCUGUGGAUGGAACACACACCCUCCUGGUUGCUUUUGCACCCCUCAAUGCCAAAGUGUAUCAAGAGGUUCUAGACAUUGACAGUGGUUCAGCCAUAUUGAGUGUUUGCCUAAAGGGACAAGGCAUUAAUCCUAUCAUUAACAUUUCACUUAAAGAACCUAAACUAGACCUUGGCUUCGUCAUGGCUGGAGAAGAAAAUGCUGAAUCAUUUAAGCUGGAGAAUGUGUCCCCCCUGUCUGUAGACUACAGCAUCAAGCUAGCUAGUCUCUCUUUCCAGAAGCACGUCAACCAACAAGGCCUUCCACUAUUUGUCAAACGAGACCCAUCAGCGGAUACUAGAGUUGUUGGGAAGGCUAAUUUGAACGGGAGCAGCGUGUUUGACUGUGUUCCCUGUGAGGGGACGCUUCAGCCAGGUAGCAAGAAAGAAAUCACAGUCACCUUCCGACCAGACCACCCCUCUGAUCUAUUCUCUGAUGUAGCCAACAUUGAGUUAUAUGGCAAACACCAGGCACAUGCCAUUCAUCUUAGAGGGGUGGCCAAGUCUAAGAUCAUGUUCAUCAUUGGAGGGGAUGAGAUGAAGCCAGCCGUGGAGAGUUUAUCCAUUGUUCCAGCUACAGAGGAGGAAGAAGAUCCGAAAGCACUGCCUCCUGCCAUCCCGCUUCUACUCUCCUUCCGAGCUUUAGGAAAGGAAGAUGAAACUAUUGCAGCUACUCGGCAGCUUCAAGUGGGUUGUAUACGCACCAUGGCAGUCAGUCAAAAGAAGAAUGGUGAAUUCUUCUUUGACAAUCUGAACAUGAUAACACCCAAGGGAUUCGCUGUGGACACCCAGCGUGGAAUGGUAGAAGCUGGUAUGACCAGACCAGUAGUCAUCACUUGGACACCACCAAAAGGACAUAACCCCAACAUGGUCAUAGAGGCCAACAUUAUCAUGAAUCUGAAAGGUGACGUCUUGGAACGCUACAAUCUCCUGCUUCGAGCUCAGGUGGUUACUGAGGAAACGCCAUAGCAACAGACAACAGUUUCUUAGACAGGACUUAGCAAUCAGUGAGAUUGCAAUAGUAACAAGACAGGGUACCCCCAAAACCAAUAAGGUUGCCAUAGUAACCAGUCAUGGUACCAUAGAAACUAUGAGAUUGUCAUAGCAACCAGUCAAGGGACCCAAGAAACCAAUAAGGUUGCCAUAACAACAAGUUGGAAUGAUCUAAGGACCAUUUAGGAUCACCAAAACAACCAAUGCAAAUGAACAAACAAAGAUUGGUUGACAACGAAAAUACAAUAAAUGACAAAUAGUCCAUUCUAUUUGCCUGUUCCGUUAUGAUGUCAAAAUGUUGGAAAAUGCUGUUGUUAAAUUCUCAUUGUAACGCCAAUCAAGGAAUCAAUGUUGAAUUGGUUGCCCAUACAAAUGGUGCUCAAAUUUUAUAAACAUAAAACGUAUCAAGUAAAGAAAUGUUAACAACUUGAACACAAAUGCAUGCAUUUUAGCAAACUGUUUGAAAAACUAGCAACAGGUUCCAUGGAAAGUUAUGCUUUUCAUUAUUGACUUUAAAUUUCACAAUAAUUUACAAACUAGUUUUGAGAUAACUGAUUGACUCUCAGUAGAGAGAGGUUAAUGUUUUAGAUUGGAAUGAAGUUUUUAUUUGUAUAAUAUUAUUUGUCCUUGAAGUGUACAAAUGCUAUCAAAAAAGUUUGGGAAGUAUAAGCUAUACAAAUUAAAUUUGGUGUCUUUCGCAGCGAUAUUGUAUAUUUAUACUGGAUGGAAGUCCAGUGUGUUAAUAUUCUACACAGUUUCAUACCUUUUUCAUCUUUCUAUUUCUACCAUAAUUUGCAGCGUACACUAUUUGGUGCAAUUUCUCUAUGUGUAUUUAAAUAGUUAAAUUGGUAGGCGGGGUUUGGAGAGUUGAUGGGUCGAUGUAGUGUAAACAAAGACUUUAUUCGGAUAUUGUUUUUGUUUACUUUGAUCUUGGGGAAAUAUUACUGUGGGGUUGUUCAGGAAAUAUUCAUAUGACUAGCUUUGACUGGUUACAAAAAUAAAAUUCUAUAAGGGAAAGCCACGCUGUAGCCAAAGCCAUUGGUUGGCUAGGGCUUUAAACCAGGGACUCUCAAGAACCAGGCUAGUUUUUUACCUUUAAACCUGUUUUAAGUGCGCCAGAUUUUUUCCUUCAUGCGUAAAUACAUCGGCGCCGAAAAGUUGUAAAAACAAAUGGUUGAAUAUGCGAGAAACUUACAAGGUCUAACAAUUUUGAUCAAAUGAACUUAUUUGUAAAAAGUGUGCUCACUUAUAAUAUUAUCAUACAACAGUUUUGUAAAAAGUGGCAUGGUGUGUUUAUUGAAUAAUAAAAAAAAACUAUUGUGAGUUGAUGUCACAUGUUAUAACUCUUGGUUGCUCAACAGUAGUAUGUGGAUUUUGUUCACAACAUGCAGGAGGAAAUGUUCAAAUGAUUUAUGAAGGGUGUAAUUUCUUUUGAUUUUGUUGUGCGUGCUCAAUGGAUGUGAAAUAAAUUAAGUUUUGUAUUAAUGUAUUCUCAAACUGAAAUAGAAAGAUUUGAAAUGCUGGAUCUAUAGUGCCAAAAGUUUGCAUUUCUGCCGUGGUAGGGUUUGUAGAUCACUUUUGUAGGAGGAAAGUUGAGAACCUGAUCUUUAUCUAUUAAUUUAUGUGUAUGCGAAAGGAACUUUUUAAAGCUUAAGACUUUGAAACUUUGCA